AUAUAACAACAACCCUCAAGCUCUAAUUAACUAACUUAUCAAAUUCCCCAACAGAAAACAAUGUAUGCUUCUACUUCUUUUACUUCACAACUCCUCCAUGAGCUUCUUGUAGAAUCACACACAAGAAGGUUACUCUUCCAAAAUCCAAUUGAUUAUCAAUCACCAACCAGCUCCCCUGUUCUCACACACAACCAUAAUUCAACUAACUCAUAUUUUGGAAUUCGUGAAUUUGAUGCAAAUGUUGUGAUGAUACUUGCAGUUCUAUUGUGUGCUCUUAUUUGCUCACUUGCCUUAAACUCGAUCAUAAGGUGCGCCUUAAGGUUUUCUAACGUAGCCCUAAACAACGGCUCUUCUUCGAGUUCGAGCAGCAACUCCUCACCUCAAUUGGCUAACAAAGGAAUCAAGAAGAAAGCUCUCAAGACAUUUCCAACAGUAAGUUAUUCAACUGAGUUAAAACUACCAACUUUGGAUACAGAGUGUGUGAUAUGUCUCUCAGAAUUCACAAAAGGUGAAAAGGUGCGCAUUUUGCCUAAAUGCAAUCAUGGUUUCCAUGUUCGUUGCAUCGACAAAUGGCUAAAAUCACACUCAUCAUGCCCUAAGUGCAGACAGUGCCUCCUUGAGACUUGUCGAAAGAUUGUUGGAUCGGAAGCACCGCCUCCUAUGUUGCCGGUGCCGGAAACUAUUAUUAGGAUUCAGCCACUAGACCAUGAAGCUUUUGAAUGUAACUAUAGGGAAGAAAGUAGAUAAAUGGUCAUUUAUAGUUUGAAACUUUUAGUUACUAUAGUUUGACCUUAAAUUGUAAAUAUACAUUAGUUAAAAUUUUGAAUGCAUUCUUAACAAUAUUAUAUGCAGUAAGUAAUUAUUUGAACCAAGAAUA